UUUGACCCCAAAAGCCAUUUAAGAGAGAAUUCAGCAGCAGACAUUCAGAAGCUUAGUUUUAGAGAGAGAAAUUUGUUAAGAGAGAGAAAAUUUCAGAUUUUUAGAGAUUUGGGAUUUAGUGUUCUUAAAUUGGGGUUUUCUUGUUUGUUUUAUUUUUUUCUAAGUCAAAAUCAACCCUAAAUAACUUGUUUAAGUUUCUUGUUUAAAGUUUUGAUUUUGGAUUCUGGGUUCUCUUCAGAAUUUCAUAAGAUUUCUGGGUUUAUUUUUUUACUGUGUUAAUCUGAAUUUGAUUGUGUAUGUGAUUUUCUAGAGAGAGAAAGUGGUAGUUUUUUUAGAGAGAGAAAGAGAUGAACAGAGGAGGAGAUGGGGAGAUGAAUAGUGCUAUGGAGACCGUCAGCGCAGCUGCUACUGCGAUCGCUUCUGCUGAGUCUCGGGUCCCACCUUCUUCUGUUCAGAAACGAAGGUGGAGUGGCUGUUUGAGCACAUAUUGGUGUUUUGGUUCCCAAAAGAAUAGCAAAAAAUUCGGACAUGCUGUCCUUGUCCCUGAGCCAACACCACAAGGAAAUGGAGUUGCUGCAUCUACAUCUGAACAUUCAACUCAACCAUCUGCCAUCAGAAUGCCUUUUGUUGCUCCUCCCUCAUCUCCUGCAUCAUUUCUUCCUUCAGAAUCACAAUCAGCAUUACAUUCUCCUGCAACCUCUGUAGGUCUUAACUCUCACUCUCCUAAUUUGUACUCUCCGCCUAGUGGACCCCGCUCUAUUUUUGCCAUUGGCCCAUAUGCCCAUGAGACACAAUUAGUCACUCCUCCUGUCUUCUCGACGUACACUACCGAACCUUCCACUGCCCCUUUCACUCCACCUCCUGAGUCAGUUCAUCUGACAACUCCUUCCUCUCCUGAGGUGCCGUUUGCUCAACUUCUUGAUCCCAUUCACCGUAAUGGUGAUGCAGUUCAUAGGUUCCCCCCAUCACAUUAUGAUUUUCAAUCCUAUCUUCUCCAUCCUGGAAGCCCUGUGGGCCCUCUUAUUUCACCUGGUUCUGCUGUCUCAGGCUCAGGCACAUCCUCACCCUUUCCUGACCCCUAUUUUCCUGAUAUUCGAUAUGGAGUCCCUCAGAAGCUGCUAACCCUUGAAGUGGGGCCCAUGCGUGAAUGGGGUUCACAGCAAGCAUCGGGUUCUGUGACUCCAGAUGCCAUCCAGCCUCAGUCUCGAGACAACAUACUUUUGGAUCCACAAGAUUCUGUGCUUUCAUCGCUUCCAAAUAUACCCAAUGGACACAGAAACAAUGAUUAUCUCAUUGAUCAUCGUGUCUCCUUUGAGCUUACAUCCGAAGAUGUGGUGAGGUGCGUGGAAAGGAAGCCCACAGCGUUGCCUAAAGCACUGCAGCAUGCUGAUGACAGAGAUUACAAUACUAACGACUCAGUUGAUGACUGUACUAGUGCUGGAACUUCUGAGAAGGGGCAGACAAAUUUCGAGGAGGGACAGAGGCAUCAUAAGCAGCGUGCUGCCUCUCUCAGUUCAAUAAAGGAAUUCAAUUUCGACCAUGUAAAUGGUUUGGAUUCAGAUAAACCAUGUAUCAACUCAAACUGGUGGGCCAAUGAAAAGGUUAUAGGCAAAGAAGAAGCUCCCUGCCAAAACUGGUCCUUUUUUCCGGUGAUGCAGUCGGGUGUCAGCUAGCAGAUAUGUAAGUAUGUUGGGUGGUCCAAACCCUGCUUCCAAUGUACUCUCUCACACACACACACACAACACACAUGAAACACAUUAAUUUGUUUGCCCCUUAACGAAAGUUAUCGGGGUGUAGUUCGAUGCUGACUUCAGAGAGAUGGAUCCAUUAGGAUUACUGUGAUUUCCUUUUUGAUCCUUUUUGAAGUAGAUUGAAUCUUAAGGGAUGGAGAUGGGCAAUGUUUUGUUAGAAAUAGGGUAUGGAUAAUAUAGUAUUUUUACUUCUAUCAGAAGAACUAACCCUUUAGUCCAUAGUCCUUUAGGCCUUGUUUGUCUGUAUGCAUUUUGGAAUGUAUAAUACAUAAUUACAUAUAGUGGCAGUUUGCAAUGCUAGUACAGAUUUAAAAAAAACUCUCUUUCUUGGUAA